AUGUCUACCGAAUCUGACAAUACGGCGCCAUCUCUUGAGGUAGCCCUGGAAAUCUCACCUUCAACCUAUCAGCAGCAUGACUGGGAAGGGGUCCCGGCACUUUCUAUCAGAGCAACACUCGACCCCUCGGUCGCCGGGCCCAUCACGGUGAUGACCUUCGGGACCAUCUUCAACCCCAGAUUGGCCCUUCAGAGGCGCAACUUCUUCGCCCAGGAGAUCACCUCAGACCCACCCAGAACAGUCAACUUUGAGAUGACAAAGGGCCCCAAGCGGUCGGCUCUACAGCGGAAGAAGGGAAGCUCGGACGAGCGGCACUACAUCACCUUCCACCCCGGCCAGGAGAUGAUUGUGAAGCAACCCUUCUCUAUCGUACGUAGAUCAAAGACUGAAGUGCAGGUUGCUGGGAGCGAAGUCGGCGACCGGAGCUUCAGGGUAGGGCACACGUACCGCUUUGGUGUGUCGGAAGAGGGAAAGGAGAUGAAGACGUGGUGGUGGGGUACGAAGGACGAUGGCCUGGAUGAGCCCGAAGGACCCUGUAAGGAUGUUGCGAACGUGCAAGGAGAGGGCCUGGUUCGGAUAACCGCACAUACGGCCGAGUUCACCAUAGCGGAGUGA